AUGGCAUCAAACAACUCAGUGAAAAUCCAAGAGGUUACCAAAGUCACUCCAUCCUUCCACUUAACCACCGACUUCUCUCUCCCGCUCACCUUCUUUGACAUAUUUUGGUUCAGGUUUCCUCCCGUUGAACGCCUCUACUUCUACCAAAUCAAUAAUUUAACCCCUCAUUUUUUCAACUCAAUUAUUCUGCCGAAACUCAAGCAGUCUCUUUCUCCAUUUUUCAACAGAAACCUCUUGCGCCCCCAAGAGACCCCAAAACUAGCCAUUCACUACUUCCAAAACGACGGUGUUUCACUCACUGUUGCAGAGUCUAACGCCGACUUCAAUUACCUCUCAGGCAAUGGAGCUCGUGAAGCAGCUGAAUUUCAUUCUUUUAUACCCCAGUUGUCUGUAUCCGAUGAUAAAGCAGCACUUGAUGUUUUUGCCAAGCGCAGAAGUGGAUUCCAACUUUGUCCAAGCCACUUUGAGUUGAGCCGCGAAGAUAUCAAGAAGCUAAGGGUUAAGGUGCAAGAAGUGAAAAAGUCAGAACAACUUCAUCUAUCAACUUUUGUGCUCACAUACGCUUACGCAAUCGUUUGCAUAACGAAAUCCAAAAGAGAAGAAGAAGGUAACACAAAUACAAAGCUUAUAUUCGGAUUCACAGCAGAUUACAGGACCCGAUUAGAGCCUCCAAUUCCAGGGAACUAUUUCGGUAACUGUGUUGGUCCACAUGCAGCGAUUGCAGAAGUGAAAGAUAUAAAGAAAGAAGAUGGGGUUUCAUUUGUUGCAGAGAAGUUAAGUGAAUUGAUCAAAGAGUUGGAGAAGGGGUCAGUUCUUGGAGGAACAGGGGAGAAGCUUGCAGAGUUGAUUAAAAUGAUGAAACAGUGGGUAAGAGCAAUUGUGGUUGCCGGGCCACCUAUGUUUGAAGUUUAUGGCUCGGAUUUUGGGUGGGAUAGGCCCAAGAAAGUGGAGAUUGUAUCAACAGGUAAAACUGGGUCUAUUUCUAUGGCGGAGAGUAGAGAUGGAAGCGGUGGUGUUGAGGUUGGAGUAGCUUUGGAGAAGCAAGAAAUGGAGAUUUUUGCUUCCCUGUUUGUUGAUGGGCUAAAACAUGUCUGA